AUGACCAUCAACCCUACCUACCUCGCGCAGCGCACGCGCUCCUGUAUGUCCCUCAACCCCGUGCCCGCCAGCCUCUCCCCCGGCGUGGUCCGACCUUUAGAAAUUGCCGCGAUGUCAAUGGCCGAGAACCCAGAGCUAAUUGCACCUCGCUCCCAACAGCCGUCAACUGGGGUGAUGCCAGAUAUCGUGUCCUGA